AUGGCUGUCUUCUUACUGCCGAAGGUAUGUAGGAGCUUCGGAGAGAGCGAAAUACUGUAAGCGGACUGAGUUUCUGGUUUUUCCUGCAGUCGUGGGAUUUCUCUGGCCACGAGAUGGCGCUUUUGUCUGAUUUCCACUCGCAGGGCUCCCUGGCGGCUUUGCCUUUUCUUCUGAGGGUAUUUGGAAAAUGGCAAAGGAAAGGAGGCGCGCGGGCUCAAACCUGGAAAGUCCUGUCUGAGGAGUUUAAUGCGAGAAACGCAGCGGUGCAAAGGCUGCUUACUGGGAAGUCCUACCGACGCAUGAGGAUUUUAAUUUGUAGAAAGAGCAAAAGGUGGUUGCGUGCCUUGAGAUCUUUAAACCUCUAAUCCUAGCUAUGCAAGUCUUGUACUGAGGGAAGCGUGCACGUGGUCUGCACACGCUAUUGAAAUCGCCUUGCCCAAACAUCCAGGUGUUUCCAAGUAUCCUGCUAGGGCUGAUGGAAGCACAGCUGUGCUGCCUGGGACUGAGGAGAACAGCGAUGGGGUGGUCGGGAGCCAUGGCGGGGGCGCACGAAGACCCCUUACUUUCUCUGCUGCCUGCAAGGUCUCUCGCUUUCCAGCCCUAGGGCCGCCCAAGAAGCAGGGAAGAGGAGCUUUUAGCCACUGUGUGUGCUCCAAAAGCUAAGAGCUGUUCGACAGUGGAACGGGCUCCCUCAGGAGGUUGUGGACUUCACUUCCUUGGAGGAUUUUAAGCAGAGGUUGGACGGCCAUCUGCCGUGGAUGCUUCCUGGAUUGCAGGGGGCUGGACUAGAUGAUUCUAUUCAAUGAUAGGCUGUCAUCCUCUACAGCGAGCUAGUUCUCUUUAUUUUCUAGGUGAAGGGGUUUUUUCCCCUCUUGGUAUGAAGACUAGACAGGAAGUGAUGACGCCCACCACUGUCUGAGGUGACAUAGUCUCCAAACAAAGGCAGACAUCCUCAGUAAAACUGACGCCUCAGUGCCUUGGUUACUGCACCUGCUGCAUCGCUCUCACGGGGACUCGCUGCUGUUAUAGCACUUUGCACAUGCCUUGGAAUGUAACCAUCAGAGUUCUCUGCUGUCAAUAAUAAUAAUAAUAAUAAUAAUAAUAAUAAUAAUUUAUUAUUUAUACCCCACCCAUCUGGCUGGGUUUCUCCAGACACUCUGGGUAACUCCCAACAGAAUAUUAAAAACAUGAUAAAACAUCAGACAUUAAAAACUUCCUUAAACAGGGCUGCCUUCACACGUAUAACUAAUGCAAGACACAGAUUUCUUUUUUAAAAAAAUAAUAUUUAUUAUUUUUCCAAAAACUUAAACACUAAAAAGAAAAAAAACAAUACAAUACAACACAUCAAAUUAACAAAACAAGACAAAGACAAUAAAAUAAAUCAAACAAUUUCAUUAUCCCAUCUUUCAUUCACUUAUUUCCAUGACCUCCUCGCACCUCCCUUUUUGUAUUCCACUUCUGUUAAUUAUUUCAGCAAUUCCUUUCCAUCUUCCUCUGUUUUCUAUCCUAUAAUUAUCUUAACUCAUUCUAACCUUAUUUUUUCCUUUAAUGCUCUAUUAACCUAUCUGUACUUAAAUCCUUAUAAUAUUUCUACUAAAGCCAUAUAACUUCAUUUCAACAUUUUUCUAACAUUCAUUAAUUUUACAAUAUUUCUGUAGAUAGUCUUUAAACUUUUUCCAAUCUUCUUCCACCGACUCUUCUCCCGUGUCUCAGAUUCUGCCAGUCAUUUCCGCCAGUUCCAUGUAGUCCAUCAACUUCAUCUGCCAUUCUUUCCGGGUGGGCAAAUCUUGUGUCUUCCAAUACUUCGCGAUGAGUAUUCUUGCUGCUGCUGUUGCAUACAUAAAAAAAGUUCUAUCCUUCUUUAACACCAAUUGGCGUAUAACUAAUGCAAGACACAGAUUUCUUUUUUUUAAAAUAAUAUUUAUUAUUUUUCCAAAAACUUAAACACUGGUGUCAUGUACCAGCUAUAAAUCAUUUUCAUUAAGUUUUCUCUUAGGGCAUUACAUGCCGUAAAUUUCAUACCUGUGGUCCAUAACUGUUCCCAGUCAGCCAUCAUUAUAUUAUGUCCAACAUCUUGUGCCCAUUUAAUCAUAGCUGAUUUCACCGUUUCAUCCUGAGUGUUCCAUUUCAACAGCAAGCUGUACAUUUUUGACAAAUUCUUAAUUUUGGAAUCUAGCAAUUCUGUUUCCAAUUUUGAUUUUUCCACCUGGAAACCAACUUUUUGUCCGAAUUAUAUGCCUCCAUUAUUUGGUAAUAAUGGAGCCAAUCUCGCACUUUAUUUUUCAAUUUUUCAAAACUCUGCAAUUUUAGUCUGUCUCCCUCUUGUUCCAGAAUUUCCCAAUAUUUCGGCCAUUUGGCCUCCAUAUUGAGUUUUUUCUGUGCCCGAUUUCUUUACCAGUUAUGCAGUUGACUUCCUGAAAGGUAGGAAGCAAAGCCUAGUUGUGGAGUCUAGGCUCCAAGAUUGCCUUGUUUUGUAUUUUUUUUGGGGGGGUGUUUGGGGGAUUUUUAACCUUUCUGUAUUGCUUUGAGGGUUUAGCUGAAAGCAGCAAAUGGAUAAAUAGAAAUGUAAUGCAACAUAAAGUAUCUCUUUGACUAUUGAGUUAACAAUUAUCUUAAAUAACAUAAAUAAAUUUACCAAUUGCAAAGGCCCCAUGAACACACAUGUAUGAAAGGGACAGUUUCGGUUAAUUAAGAGUUGGACAAAACUACCUGUCUCAGGAAGAGCCGGCUUUAGUAUUUUAUUAUUCCUCAGAUUUGCAAGUAUGGGAUAUUUCUUACUAUACUAUCAAAAUGAGAGUAGCAUGCAUAGGAAUGGGGAUGGGGGAAAUUCAAUUCAGUUCACAUUUAAAGGCGACCCCACCAAGUCCACACUUUCCAGAACAAUACACAACUGGAAGCACAGCCACCCUUUUAAAAUGCACGUUCUGGGAAAUGCAACAUAUGUUAAGGAAAAUAAGAUGCUGAAUGCAUUAUAUUACAUUAGACAAAACUGCUUUGCAAAAAUGUGUAAAUUUGGCAGGCUUGCAUACAAAAACUUGUAUGUUAGAAGAAAUUCACUCAUGAGUUUUCAUGAGGACUUUAAAAAUAAAUCAAAAACUGAUAUAGAAAUGGGAAGAGCUGAAUCCAUUGGAAAAAUGAGAAACUGAGAGAAACCAAAAUUGACAGAUUGGGCCAUCCUUACAUUUGAAAUGUAUAGAGUUUCAAUACUGGAACAUGCCCAGUUUCAAAUUAUGGGUUAGCAGUGAUAGGAAAACAGGAAGGAGAAAGGACAUUUGCAUUGUUUUCAGUCAGAUGGGACUCAAGGUGAUAGGAGCUGGUCUCUCCUUGAACGUACUGAAGGGUAUGUGUUUGUUUGCUUCAUGAACUUCAUACACUACUUUUUUGUUUAAAAAAAUACCCUCAAGUUUAUAAAAGCUAGAACAAUAAAAUCAGGAAAAAUUUACAACCCUACUCUAAAACAUACAAACAUUAAAAAUGCUAAACUAGAUUGAAAUUACCUCAACUUUCUAAGAAUCUGGGUAGGCUUGUCUAAAGAGGAACGUUUUGCGCAGGGGCCGAAAAGGCCACGUGUUUGAAUAUUGUUCAGCAAACAGAUAAAAUGGAGGCUGGAAGGAUCAAUCUUGAACUGCAGUUGAAGAAGCAAUUGAAGAAGCUUCUGUGUUAGUCGGUCAGUUGCAUUAAUCUGAUCUUGCAAGAUGUUUGUUUCCUUGAUGGGGAAACGGAAUCUCCUCCCCGGAGGAAGAGGGUUUGAAUUGUAGUUGGAUCUGUAACACAGGUUUGAACUUUUCAGCACAUUUAAAGCUGAGGCCAUUGCUCUGUGCUGUGGGAUUUUAAGGCGAAAUGAUGCCCCUGGGCAAAGAUGGUGGUGGCUUCAGGGGUUCCUGGUGCAUCGCUGGCACUCACCCUCGCAUUGCCUGCUCCUUCGUGAGCUCAUUUUGCCCGAUUGCUUCAGUCUCCCUGCAGUUUGUGGCAGUUGGUCUUUGCACAACUUUCUGUAGUGAGAUCGGAUGUGGCGUUUGCGUUCCUGUGUGGGGGAAGGAGUUAACACACUGCCUGGCGAAAAAAUUUUGCUCCCCUGGUUAGAAAUUACCUAAAAUUGCCAAGUUAGCUGUGGUGCAAUGCAGCAGGACAAAGUUUUGUUUAAUCUCCCAUUAGUCACCCAUUUCAGUCCGAUAAAGUUGUUAACUUUCAGCCGUAGAGUUUGGGGAAUUCCGGGCACUUUUACUUUCACUUAGUGCCAGUCCCUUGGCACAGGCAGGCAUGGGGAACAUUUCAUUGCCAUGUUUCAGAAGCUUCAAACAGAAAAAGAUGAAAGAGGCAAGAAUCAGCUCUUCCACUCUCAUUUCCGUGCUUUUGCUCUUUAAUGUCUGCAGAUUUCUGGUAGGUACCCAGUUCUUUGUUUCUUUGGCUGUCUUUGUUUAAGAAGGUUUUAUGUCCUACAUGACAAAGCAGAAAUCUUCCACUAUACGUCUCAGCAGGAACAUGAGUGAAACUUCGCCAGUUGGACCUUUGUAGUACAGUGGUACCACGGGUUAAGAACUUAAUUCGUUCUGGAGGUCUGUUCUUAACCUGAAACUGUUCUUAACCUGAGGUACCACUUUAGCUAAUGGGGCCUCCCACUGCCACUGCACCACCGCCAAGCAAUUUCUGUUCUCAUCCUGAAGUAAAGUUCUUAAUCUGAGGUACUAUUUCUGGGUUAGUGGAGUCUGUAACCUGAAGCGUCUGUAACCUGAGGUACUACUGUACAGGUUACAUACGCUUCAGGUUACAGGCGCUUCAGGUUACAGACUAAAUAAUUGUUGAAGGGUUUAUGAUGUUUUUUCUUGAAUGCUGCUGAGGGCUGUCAAAAAAGACCUUAUGGGCCACAUGUGGUCUGUGGGCUACGGAUUGCACCACCCUGAACUAUAGCAGUUACAGAGGUGAAUGCAUUAUACAUUAAACUAAAUAAUACGUAAUAUCAGUGCUUUCUUUUCCUAAAAGAAAUGUUUAGGGGUACUCUCAUUUUGACUCACGAAAAUUACCAUUUUAUAAUUCAAAUUGGGAAUGAAUAAAUAAACAAACAAAUAAAUAAAUAAAUACAGUAAAUGGACAAAAGUACAAAGAUUCACAAAAUGUUCAGGGGUACGCAUACCGCUGCGUCCCUCCAGAAAAAAAGCACUGGGUAAUGUCCCCAAAACUUUGGAGUGGAGGGUGGCGACCGAGAGUAGUCCCAACAAGGCAUGUGGAUUUAUGUUUUCAUGCAUUGUGUUGCACUUAGUGCACAACAAAAAAGAUCACUUUUUAAACAAAUUGAUCAUAAUCCUGCCUAUUGUCUCUUACUCGAAUCCUAUUGGUCAGUUUGCCCAUACAAGCAAAUACUUUUUUUUAAUGGACUAAGGCAGAAGUUUUUAUUUUAUUUUAAUUUUUUAUUUUUUAAAAAAAUUCGUUGUUACCGUUCACAUUAACACACCAUACAGAAAAAGAUAACAAAUUCCAUCACCACCAAAGAAAAAAAGAGAAUUAAUACAUCAACUAAUAACCUUCAAAACAUAAAAUACAUAAAAUAAGAGUGGUCUUUUUCUAUGCUCCAGACUUCCCGUCUAUUCCUUCUUACAGAUUCUGUAUUAAUUGUUUGCUGCCAUUACAUAACGAGAUUUGUUCAAUUUCAAUAUCCCUUAAUCCGUUCAUUGGUUUUACCACAUUUUUAACACUGCUACUGAAAUUAUUUGAACGCUGUGUAUGACCUUAAACUACUAUUAUUAUUUUUCAAGCAUAUUUUAAAAACUUCCCAUUUUGAGAUAAAUACCUGUUUUGGUUUAUUUUUUAAUCUUUUCUGACAUGCUAUCUAAUUCCGCAUAGUCAGACAUCUUUUGAAUCCAUUCUAAUCUUGACGGGACUUUAUCGCUUUUCCAGUUUGCCGCAAUGAGAACUCUUGCUGCGACCGUAUCGUGUAAGAAGAUCUCUUUAGCAUUUUUAGGAACAUCUGAGUGUGAUUCCCAAAAGGAAAGCUUCCGGUUUCCUAUUUUAAAAUAUUUUAAACAUUUUUUCCAAUUCUAUGUGGAUAUCCUCCACUUUUGGGAGGACAUACAAGCAAAUACUUUAACCAGACAGUCAUCUAAUGUUGGCAAUCAAUUCCUACCCACCCCCUGUAAUGAGCAAUAGAUAUACAGGUUGCACCCAGUGAGUAUCAAACCAUCUCCCUCUUGUCUUUUGGAACUGACUCUCUUCCUUUUCAUCCCCAGGAAGUUUCAGCUGACAAAACAUCUCUCUGCAAAUGGCAAACAUUACUCCCUGGCACAGAUAAUAUGAAGCCCACGAUGUAACAUUCCCCCUGAGCCCGGAAUAAGCAGGACCACUCCAACAGAGUCACUUUUGCAGAAUGACGACGGUAGGAGGGGCAAGCUAAAAAUUGGCCGCUGUUUCUUUAAUGCUAAAAGAACUAAGUCAGCAUGAGUCAGCGGCCUACAAUGACUCAUGCAACCUUUCACCAAAUUGUACCUGUACACAGUGGUACCUCGGGAUGUGAACGGGAUCCGUUCCGGAGCCCCGUUCGCAUCUUGAACGCAAUGUUAGAUGCGUCUGCGCGUGCACGGGUCGCGUUUUGCUGCUUCCGCGCAUGCGCGUGACAUCAUUUUGAGCAUCUGCGCAUGCGCGAGCGGCAAAACCCGGAAGUAACGCACUCCAUUACUUCCGGGUUGUCGCGGAGCGCAACUUGAACGUGCUCAACCCGAAGCGUAUUUAUCCCGAGGUAUGACUGUAUAUAGAGUGGUCAAUGUUAGUGUUUGGUGUGGGUUGGUUGGAUGGUAGAAAACUGGUUGCGUUUGGUGUGUGCAAAAGCUGUCGGUCGUGGUUGGAGAAGAAGACUUUUUAAGAAUAAAAGCAGCAAUACUCUGCAAAAAUACUCUUUCUCAAAGACUCUUUUGUGCCAGCUAAGGUCUGAGGACUAGGCAAAGGAGUAAAAAGGAGGUCAGAACAUUUUCUUUUUCAGACACUGACAAGCUUGCUGCGAUCUUCUUAGGGGUGGUAGUUAAGAGAAUCACAGGGAAUGGAAGAAGGUGUAAAAGGGGCCACAAGGGCAUUUUUGAAAUUCCCUUCAUAGAACCAUAGAAUUGUAGAGUUGGAAGGGGUUCUCAAGGGCCAUCUAGCUCAACCCCCUGCAAUGCAGGAAUCACAGCUGAAGAAUCCCUGACAGAUGGCCACCCAACCUCUGCUUAAAAACCUCCAGUGAGGGAGAGUCCGCCACCCUCUGAGGGAGCUCAUUCCAUGGCCAAACAGCUCUUACUGUCAAAUCAGUUUUCUGAUAUACGUAUUUGCAUGAAUUGUUAGCUGCCUUAGAUGAGUAUAAAUCCAAUUAUUUAAUUACAGUCAUUCAAACCUACAUUCACAGUGUUAACAAGUGAUAUAUUUCACAAGAGGUUUUUUUAAAAAAAACUAGAGGUUCUUUCAAUUUUAUUUUUAUUUGUUAAAGCAAACACUCUUGUUUAUUGCCUUGGGGUGCAUUUGAAGAAAGGGUGGGAUUGACAUUUAUGGUGUUAUGAGUUUGUGUGGGCCCUGAUCCUCAUAAAUUUCUGGGUCUAAGAAAAGUUAGAAUUAAUCAGUGCUUGGAGGGUUAAACUGAAAGUUAGACUUUAAAUAGCUGGACUCAGCCUUCCCUCUCCAGCAAACCGUCUGACAGAGGAGCCAUUAAAAGAUUAUUAAAAGAUAGUAAGGAAUGGUUGAGUCAUUGACCAAAAACAGAGAAAGGUGCCUUCAGCAAGUCUAAAACUAUAUGCCCCAGCCUGCUCUCUGACAUUCAGUGAGUGAACAGUCUGUGUACAUUCAGACUAGUUGAUCUGUGCAAAUCAAGAAGUGGUUUUCACACAAAUCUUUCACUCAACUCAUUUCUGUGUAGAGAUAGCUUGUGUUCAGUGUAAUGUGUGAACAAGCCUUUCAUUUUGGGCCUUAAAAUCCUGGCAGGGCUUAUGUACUAAUAUUUGCUUCAGCCAUUUGCAACCAUUUCAUCUUUCUUUUCUUUUCCUUCCAGCCUCCAUUCUGGAUGGACGAUGCAGACGUCCAGAAGGUCAUCAGGAAUGCUUGGCCGCAGCUGGUGCACUUCCUCAGUCACCAUCCAGAGUGGGUCCUGAGAAAAGCCAAGCAGCUUCUCCCAGGGGUGGCCUUGAAUGAGAUUGAGGGGACAGCCAGUUCCCAUGAGAAGGUCUCACUGGUCCUGGACAUGUUUCUGAAGGCUGCAGAUGUUGAUGCUCCCGUCUUCAAAGCCUUCGUACAGAGUGUCUGCAUGGAAUGCAACCUCCCCAUGCAUCUGGAAAUAGUCUUCAUGAGUGUGUCAGGAGAAGGUCAGAGGAGGGGUUGUGUCUCAGUGAUGCUUUGCAUGCUUUGUAUUACAGAAAGCCCCGGGUUCAGUUCCUGGUGGCCUCAUGUGCCUUCAGGCCAAGCUUUUCAAGCUUUAUCCCUGGGCAUUAGACCCAACAAAUCAGACAUUUUUUUAUCCCCACAAAAACAAAUGAAUGAAAAACAAAUGAAUUUUUGUUCAGAACCAAUGUGUCUGAAUUCCCAUUCAUUCAUUUCUUUUCCAUAUGUUUUUAAAGCCAGUACACACACCCCGCAUGAGAUGUGAUGCAAGAGAUGUGCAGAGUUUCUCCUCCCAGCUUUUAGUUUAAAUUUAAAGCAGCUGAGAAGAAGUCUCGGCCAGUGGGGUAGUGGUCUGGGAUCAUGGAGAGUCAAAUCCCCAUUACUUUUUUUGCAUCAAGGUUUAUGUCUCCAGCUUCCUGGUGCCACCCAGUCAGUGUGGAAGGGGAGCUUUUUAGCCCCUGUAUGCUGGAAAACAAAGCAUUUAGGGACAUGGAAGACACAAGGAGCUUCAGUUUCAAGUCAACGGGGUGCAAGUUCUGUUACAUCCAAUGCCAAUUCAUGGAAAACGCAGCUUAAGUAAAACUGCCACAAGUUAUUGAAGCGCUCCAAAUCAUUGUCUCUGGGACCUGCACCAAAAAUAGUAGCUCUUGCUCAAGGUGCUUUUUUCAGUUAAAAAGACACUGGGUUCCCAGAUCUUGAAAAGUACUGCAAUAGUGAAAAUGCCUUCUGGUUCAUGCCCUACACUGAGCAGAGAGUUGGCUAGAAGACCUCCCAUGUCCCUUCAAUCAGCUCUCAAAAUGCUUAUACUUCCAUAUGCUGCUUUUAAUUGCAACUGAAAGGGAAUUCAUGGUGGUCAUGGUAGAGUCCAGCCGUGCUAGACAAGGAAUGACCACCCUUUAUAUAAGCAAUUCAUCAGGUGUUGGGCUGGUAUGCUGACUCCAGUGGUGUCUGGUGCUCAUUGGUGCUGGCAGGGCGGAAGGCAUGGAGCCCAACCAUAGGUGGCGCCAGAGCCAGUGUCGGGCAGAUAAUUGGGCAGGACUGAGGUUGGUUGGGCAACGUUUCCUUUGCCCUAAUGGGCCAGCCUCUACAUAAAUCUGGUACAUUGGUGCCUUGCAAGACGAAAAGAAUCCGUUCCGCGAGUCUCUUCGUCUUGCGGGUUUUUUCGUUUGGCGAAGCAAGCCCAUUAGCGGAUUAGCGGAUUAGCGCUACAGUAUUAGCGGCUUAGCGGGCUUAGCGGAUCAGCUGAUAAGCGGCUUAGCGAUCAGCUGUUAAGCGGCUUAACGGAUCAGCUGAUAAGCGGCUUAGCGAUCAGCUGUUAAGCGGCUUAGCGGAUCAGCUGAUAAGCGGCUUAGUGGCUUAACGGAUCAGCUGUUAAGCGGCUUAGCCGAUCAGCUGAUAAGCGGCUUAGCGACCAGCUGUUAAGCGGCUUAACGGAUCAGCUGAUAAGCGGCUUAGCGAUCAGCUGUUAAGCGGCUUAGCGGAUCAGCUGAUAAGCGGCUUAGUGGCUUAAUGGAUCAGCUGAUAAGCGGCUUAGCCGAUCAGCUGAUAAGCGGCUUAUCGACCAGCUGUUAAGCGGCUUAGCCGAUCAGCUGAUAAGCGGCUUAGCGGCUUGGGAAAAAGGGGGGGGGAAAGGAAAAAAAUCCCGCAGGAACUCGCAAGACAUUUUUGUCUUGCGAAGCAAGCCCAUAGGAAAUUCGUUUUGCGAAGCACCUCUAAAACGGAAAACCCUUUCGUCUAGCGGGUUUUCCGUCUUGCGAGGCAUUCGUCUUGCGGGGCACCACUGUACUAAUGCAUACAGACACAUGCACACAAAUAUACAGAAUAAGCUUUGUUAUGAAAUACUGCCUCUUGCGCUGAUUUAAAUUGAUGAUUCCAGGUCAAGGACGAGAGGAUUUGGAAGGAGCUUCAGCUUGCUUCCCGUCAACAUCAACAAGUAAGAUUGCUUUUUUAAAAAAUUCCUUUUCUCCCCCCCCCCAAAUUUUUUAUUAGUUUUCCACAUUUAUAACAAAUAUAACAUAUAAAACACACAGAACAAAACACAUUACAAUUCUAAAAAAAAUAAAAUAGAAACACAUAUUCCUUCUUAUAUUCAUUUUAAAUUCCUUUUUUUUAUUGAUACAACAAGGAAAAAGAAAAAACAAACCACAAAUACCAAAUUACACACAAGAACAACCACGGACACACAAUUCUCUUAGCAAACAAUAAAAACAUAUAUUGGUCUUAACACUAAAGACCCAACCUCCCGUCUAUUCUAUAUUUCAAUUCCAUAUUACUUAUUGCCAAUACACACUUUUAUCAUAAUUAAACUUAUUCUUAAUAAAUCUAAUUUCUUAUAUCUACCUUGCAACUAUUACUGAAGUUCCUCAAAAAACCCCCCAAAAAACCCAAGUAAGAUUGCUCUUGGUGAAAUGCAAUUGAUGGUUUGAGUCUUGGGAAGGGCCCAAGUCAACCUUGGAGCAGAAUGCUUGGACUCAAUUUCCAUUGAGGCGCCAUGCCCACUUCAUUCCUCUGGCAGUGUUGGACUCCUGCUAAGGACCCUUUCGUUUUUGUGCUCCUUGAGAAAAGCAACUGUUUCUGGUCAAGAAACAACCACACAAUGCACCCACCCCAGUGUAUUUUAUUUUAUUUUAUUUAUUUCAUUGAUGGAGGGGGGAACCCUCAACUGAGGGUUCCUCCCCUGCUACAGAUUAGGGAAUGGGACAGAGACAGUAAUUAAUUUGGGAAAACAGGGGCCUUCUCAGGGGCUGAUCCAAGACUUUGAAACUCCCUUCCUAGAGAAUUUAGACUGGCUCCCCUUUGUGUCCUUCGGUCAGCAGGUAAAGAGUUCCUUGUUCCAACAGGCUUUUGGGAACUGACAGUUUUUAAGGAAAGGACUGGUGCUCUGAUGUUUUUAUUGUAAUUAUCUGUAUUCUUAAUAGAUCUUUCGUGUGUGUGUUUAAUGGCUUUUAAAUUAUUGUCUUUUCUAUGUUUUUAGCUGUUUCUAUUUUAUCUGUAAGUCACAUUGAGUCAUGGUCUACGAAAAAUGCAGAAUAUAAAUUUAUUGUGUGUGUGGAUGCCCAAUGAUUACUUAGUUACAAAUCAAUCUGGCUUCUAAGGCUGCAUACACACCCUACCCCCAAGAAUCCUGGGAACUAUAGUUUACUUAUAGCGCUAUAACUCCCAACACUCUUACAAAGUAGAGUUCCCAGGAUUUUUUGUGGGAGGGUGUGUGUGCUUUAAAUGUGUGCUGUGGAUACAUGUGCUGUCCCUUUGCACAAUGAUGAUGUCAAUGUGUUUUGCCAAAAUUGUGAUCGGGGGCCUGAGCCAGAGAGAAAGUCUCUUGCUGAAGCCCAAUUCCUAUGAAAGGGAGCUGGUCUCGGGCCCCUCCAAAGAGGUGAUGCCGCUGUAAUGUCACUGUUGCCUUUGUUGCCCUACAGGACUUGAAAGACGCCGUCCAUGGAGCAGCCCUGCCAACAACAACAACGGCAAACAGUCCAAACAGCAGCGGCUAGGCAAGUUGUUAUUUAUCAUCAUCAUCAUCAUUGUUUAAUAAAUUUAUAAGUCACUUUUUCUUGCUAGGGCAACCCAAAGUGACUUACACAAAAACCCCAACCCCAACCCCAACCAACCAACGCUCCACAUACAUACUUUAAAGGGGGGGGCAGAAAGCAUUAAGAAGUGUGCAUUUUAUGAAAGAAGUGUGCACAAAAUGUGUACUCUCAGGCAGAAUGGGGUAGAACAGAACUCUGACAGAAUGCCAGCAAGGCUUAAACAAGAUGGAAUUGGCUGCUCAGCCCACCCUUAACUUCCCAACAUUAUUUGGCAGAAGCCAUAGCAACAAAAUUAGUUUUCAUGUAGUGUGGAUCUAUAUUUGCUCCUUUUCUCCCUCCUCCAUGUUUUAUCAGAUUCUGCUGAAAGAUAUCGGCAGCUCAUCACCACCUCGAUGCUUCAGAGAUACGGAAUGAUCAGAGCAGCAGAAGCAACUGAACCCAAAGCUCAGCCGUCGCCUUUCAGCCAAACCUUCGUCAACCUGGUGAUUCGUCAGAGCAAAGGUGGUCGGAUGAGGGAAAGGGGGGAGAUAGCUCUGCACGAUACAGAGGAGCACAGGAACACCACCCUGAGACUGUCUGAGCUUUUUGAAAGUGUCCACAUGGGGACCACCAAGGUUGUCCUUCUUCUGGGAAAACCAGGGAUGGGGAAGACAAGGCUUAUGCACCAGAUCUGCCAGCAGUGGGCAGAGGGAGGCCUCCCACAAUUCCAGCUGAUAUUCUUCUUUGAGUUCCGACAGCUGAACCUGAUCAGCAGAAAACUUUCUCUCCAAGAACUUCUCUUCGACUUCUUCCUCAGGCCAGAAGAUUGUCCUGAUGCUGUGUUUGAACACAUCCUAGAAGACGCCCAGCGCACGCUGGUGAUAUUUGAUGGGCUGGACGAGUUUGUGGAGAACGUCCAGCUCCCAGGUCCUCCUCACACUAUCUUCCCAGAUCCUCUCAACCCUCUCUCCAUAUCAGACCUUUUUGCAAGUCUUUGCCUUGGGAAAUUCUUGCCAGGCUCGACCGUGCUGGUCACGACCCGUCCAAAGAUAGUCCCGGAUGCUUUAUUGAAAACAGACACCCUCCUGGCAGAAAUCUGGGGCUUUGACCGUGAAAAGGUGGAGGAAUACGUUGGCUAUUUCUUCCACCAGCAUUCCCUCAAGGAGAAAGCCAUCGCUCACCUGAAAAGCAAUGGCAAACUCCUGAGCAUGUGUUAUAUCCCCGCCUUGUGUAAUAUCGUCUGCAUUUGCCUGGAGUAUCUGCUCCUCCAUGAUGCAGGGAGAGUCCAGCUCCCUCAAACCAUGACCCAGUUCUACAUUGAGAUGCUCCUCACCUUCAUAGGCAAGGAUCAGAAGCUGAGGGCUUUGAGCGAAGAAGUCGACUUGAGUCAACACGAAGCGACUCUUGCAGGCCUCUCUGAGUUGGCCUUCAAGGGCCUGGAAGGAAAUAAGAUGUUGUUUUAUGCUGGCGAGGUCCCAGAAGACGUGAAGGAUUUUGCUUGCCUGUAUGGGCUCCUGGUGUCCUUUGAGGUAAAGACCAGCAAUGGACACACACAGGCUGGCUACACUUUUGUGCACUUCAGCCUGCAAGAGUUCUUUGCGGCCCUCUUCCUGCUGACAAGCAAAGCAGUUGAUGGCAACUUCCUGAAGCAAAACUUCUUCCUGAGGUCUAAGUGGACGAUGAAGAGAGAAGCAAGGGUGCCCUUCACAGAGAACUGCCACAUCUUCCUGUCUGGCCUCUCGUCUCGCGGGUGCCAGAAGUUCCUCAGCUCUUUAGCCGGGCAGUGCGAUGCCCAGGUCCAGGAACGUCAAGCCAUCAUUGUGCAGAUGCUGAAGAAACUGGGGGAUGCUUCUCUCACAGGGCCUAGGAUAGCUGAGCUGUGCCACUGUGUGCACGAGACACAGGACCAGGAACUGGCCCGGCAUGUCGGGAAGCAGCUAAACUUCAGGUAUCAGUUCAGAAACCUCCGGCUGAUGCCGCUGGACAUGGCUGCCCUGGCUUUUGUCAUCAGCAGCAGCCACCCUCACUUGGUAUGCCUGGACUUUGUGGGAUGCCCCAUGGAAGUGGACUAUCUGGAUGUCUUUGGCAGCUGUGAAAAUAUAAAGAGCCUGAGGUAAGAAGCACAGGCCACCUUGACACUUCAGGCUCAAAAGAGGUGAGGGAUCUGGGCCUCUCCAAAUGUUGCUGGGCUGCAGUUCCCAGCAUCCCUGACCAUUGGCCACAUUGGCUGGGGCCGUUGGGAGUUGAAGUCCAACAUCUGGAGGCCAACAGAUUCUCCAUCCUUGCACAGAUGAAUAGGUGCAUACCAGUCCUUCUUCACCUCGCUUUUACUUUGUAUACUGUCUUUCUAUAUUACUAUACACAUGGUGGUUUACAGCCUGAAGAAACAAAAUAGACAGCAAAGAUUUCUUUCCCACCCACCAACACGAGCUCCCAGAGUGAGUUAUGUUUCAACAGUGUAAAAACGCAAUGCUAAAAAUCAGUUUAAAACAAUUUAAUAGGACAAAGUGUUCUUGCACUCAUGUCCUGCUAGCAGGUUUCCCAUUGGUGCAUCUGGUCAGCCACUGUUUGAACAGGAUGCUGGACAAGGUGGGCCUUUGGGCUGAUCCAACAGGCUCUUCUUACGUUCUUAUGGAUACAACUCGUUAAGUCAUUUGAAGCAAGUCAUUAAUAUGGAGCAACCAUGGGGAAAGAUGCUAGCUGCCUGCUGCAAGAAUCAGGUGCUGAGCUCCUUAUCCAGCUAGGCUGGAAGGGAAGACUGGUUGCUAUUUUACUAACCACAGUUGCCUUUUGCUUUUAUUCUUAGCUUUAGGAGCAGGAGAUGUGGGAAUGAGUUUGCCGCUGUCCUGUCCAAGACCCUGCCGAAGAUCAAAUGCCUGACAACUUUCCAGUAAGCAUUGCCCCAAUGUCACAUGCCCUGUUUUGAAUAUUUUAGUGCAGUUUUUAAUUCAAACCACCAGCUACAUUUUGAGCAAUAGCAUCCCCAAUGUAGAAGUGAAACUUCAGUGGCCCUCCAUAAGCUUUAGAUUGGCUCAUCCAACAUGUGUUGUUUCAGCAACAGCCAGCUCUAGACUGAGCUUUAUAUAGGAGUGACAGCUUCCUUUCAGUUGCCAGCUCCGCCUUUGGUGGGAGGAGCCUCUCCAUUUUAAAGAGCCCCAGCCUGCAUAAGCCAGCAUAGACUCUAAAAAUGGUUGCUCCUCAAGGAACCUUCAUAUUAGCUAAUUGUAAAUGAGAGGGGGUGGCUAUUUCUGAUCUUUUCCUAUGCUCCUUCCCCACCGAAGAGCUAUUAUUAUUAUUAUUAUUAUUAAAUUAUUGUUUAUUAAAUUUAUAUCCUGACAUUCCUCUCAGAGGAGCCCAGGGUAGCGAACUUGAAAAUGUUUAAGCAGCACAAUGAAAACAGCACUUUUUUCUUUAACUGUUAAAAAAACCAUAUAAAAAUAUUUUGAAGGAUGAUGAAGUUUUCAGACUAGGACCUAUGAGACCUGGGUUCAAAUCCCCACUGAGCCAUGAAGCUCACUGGGUGACAGACGCCAAUUUGUGAGGGAGAUGGGGGGGUGAUAUUGCCACCGACUGGGGGCUGCUUCUCCCCCCUUCCCCUUUAUGGUAGGAAGAGAAGGAGGCACUAGUCAUUGAAACCACACUGUUGCUGCAUUCCUGACUCCUCUCAUUUGACAUGACAUUUUUAACAUUGGGGGGGCUGUCCCCUUCAAACAAAUAAGGGAGGCAAAAGGGUGCAGCCCCCAGGAGUUGGCACCUCUGCUGUUUGACCUUGCGAGCCAGUAACAGGCUCUCAGUGGGACCUACCUCACAAAGUUGUUGUGGGGAUUAAACGAUGAGGGAGAGGAGAACCGUGUAGGCCACCUUAAGUUCCUUGGCCAGGGUGGGUGGGGGAAGGUGAAAGACAAAUGCAGUAAAUAAAUAAAUACAUUUAAAUGGACUCAUGCACCCUCACAGUUGUUAAUUUCUGGGUUGCCACAGCCAAUUCCUAUCAGCCGUCAAAUGUCUGGGUAAACAGGAAUGUUUCUAAAUUUCUCAUGAAAGUCAGAGUGAGGGAGAUUGAUGCACCUCACUAGCGAGAGUACUCCAUAAAUGGGGAAUCACCACUGAAAAGGCCUUGUCAUGGGUCAAUGCCAACUGGGCAGUACCUGGGUGGGACCACCAAUGACAGGACCUCCCCUUCCAAUAAUGGGGCCUGAGGGGGUUGAUACUGGGGGAGGCGCUCUGUUAGGUAUCUCUCAAACUGUUUGUUGACAUUACUAUAGUGAUGUCACCUUUGGUUUUUCAGGUUAGCCGGUGGAAAUAUUUCAACCCCAGGACUUGAAGAUCUGAUGCGAGCUUUUCCAAACUGCCAUCAGCUGGAAGACAUAAAGUAAUUUCACCUGUUUUGUCAAGGAGAAAGGUGGCCUGGUGGCCUGUUUUAUUAAUCAGAUGAACAUUUGGGAGGCAUAUUAACCAGUUGCUGCAUUUUAGCUUGCAGGACAACAGACUGAAGAGGCAGGAAAUGAUCAAAACUACAGAAAUAUUUUCCACUGUGGAUAAGCUCAAAAAGCUUGAGUAAGUACAUAAUAAAAAAAGGAAAGGGGAAAAAUGAUUCUAAAAAGGAAGUUUCAAGUAAUAGUAAUACUGAUAACAGAUUAGAUCAACAGAACUAGAAAACAAGUAGACCUCAUAAAAUUACAUGUCUGGCUGCGCAUCCCAACCAGUACAGUGAAGACACCUGCCAUAUGUCAAUAGGCAGGGAGUUCCAGAGCACAGGAGCUGCCAGUCUAAAAGACUGAUGCUGUAAGAGGCUUAGUGGAUGUGAAAAAUCAUCACACCCAUUGCAGACCAUCUGGGUUUUAAUCUCUGUGGCGGGGAUGGGGGGAGGGAGGAAGAGUAGGAAACCUGUAAAGGUAAAGGGACCCCUGACCAUUAGGUCCAGUUGCAGCCGACUCUGGGGUUGCGGCGCUCAUCUCGCUUUAUUGGCUGAGGGAGCCGGCGUACAGCUUCUGGGUCAUGUGGCCGGCAUGACUAAGUCGCUUCUGGCGAACUAGAGCAGCGCACGGAAACGCCGUUUACCUUCCUGCCAGAGUGGUACCUAUUUAUCUACUUGCACUUUGACGUGCUUUCGAACUGCUAGGUUGGCAGGAGCAGGGGAUUCGAACCGCCGACCUUCUGAUCGGCAAGUCCUAGGCUCUGUGGUUUAACCCACAGUGCCACCCACAUCCCUUCAGGAAACCUGUAUGCCUGCAUAAAAGACCUUGCUGAGGCAUAGCAACAGCAACAUUUUUUCCCCUCUCAAACAGCUUAAGCUAUAACAAGCUUUCGGUGAGCACCGUCCUCGCUUUUUCCAGAGCUGCUGCCGUUUGUCCAAAUGUGACCAAGCUCCAUAUCAGGUACUGGCUGCCAAGCGCUACAGAAGAGAUUUUUCUCAUUUCCACCUUUUCAGUUGCUCCUUUUCACUUCUGCAACAUUGAAGCUAAUCUGUUAAUACUCUGCUGUAAUCUGUAGAAUCUAUGACUAAGAAGUGAAUAAUCUGGGCCCGUUUCAGUCUGGCUUCAGGCCCAGUUUUGACCCCCAAGAGACUUAGCUGACUUGGUUGAUGGACUUUAUUGGGAGAGAGAAGGGAGAGUGUGACCCUCCUGUUUUCCCUUAGUCUCUCAGCAAUUUUGGACACCACUGAUUAGGGUAUUCUCCUGGAGCAGUAUAGUGGGUUGCGGGAACGAGGGACAUAGUGAAAUGGUGAUUCCAUUCCUACCUAACACAUGAACCAACUUCUGAGAAGAGAAUGUAUAAUUCAAAUAUAUUGGCAAUAUUUUUCAGCAUGUAGCAUUUAAAAUGCUAACUGGUUUCCACCUCAUGAAAGCAUUGGGGAGUAUAAACCAUCAUAUUACUUUCCAUUUUUUCCUGCUCUCGCCUCCUUCCACAUGCCACCCAAAUCUGCUCCUCAGCAGGAAUGGUGGAAGACUAAUUCAGAUUGCAUUUCACAGAAUCAUAAAAUCUUAGAGUUGGAAGGGACCCCAAGGGUCAUCUAGUCCAACACCCUGCAAUGCAGGAAUUUCUAAAGCAUCCAUGACAGAUGGCCGUCCAACCUCUGUUUAAAAAACUCCAAGGAAGGAGAGUCCACCACCUCUUCCACUGCUGAACAGCUCUUGCUGUCAAAGAGUUUUUUUCCAAAUGUUUAAUCGGAAUCUCCUUUCUUGCAACUUGAAGCUAUUGGUUCUAGUCCUACCCUCCAGAGCAGGAGAAAACAAGCAUUCUCCCUCCUCCAUGUGACAGCCCUUCAGAUAUUUGAAAAUGGCUAUCAUAUCUCCUCUCGGUCUCCUCUUUUCCAGGCUAAACAUACCCAACUCCUUCAAGCGCUCCUCAUAAGGCAGUGGUUCUCAACCUGUGGUUCCCCAGAUGUUGUUGGACUACAACUCCCAUCAUCCCUAGCUAGCAAGUCCAGAGCUCAGGGAUGAUGGGAGUUGCAGUCCAACAACAUCUGGGGACCCACAGGUUGAGAACCGCAGGUUGAUGACCUUUGGUCAUCUUGGUUGCCCUCCUCUGCACAUGUUCCAGCUUUCAACAUCCUUCUUAUAUUGUGGUGCUCUGAAUUGGACACAGUAUUCCAAGUGUGGUCUGACUAGGCAGAACAGAGUGGUACUAUUACUUCUAUUGAUCUGGACACUGUACUUCUGUUGAUGCAGCCUAGAGUAGCAUUCUGUUUUGCACUUUUCAAAACAUUAUGAGGACUGAAAAACAGCCAUCCUUCAAAAUUCACAUUUCUCCAAAUUUUCCAAAACAGUUCUGCAGCCAACUAAAUCUGUACAAAAAUGUAGAUGGUAAAAUAUGCAUAAAAAUGUAUAUAUUACUGGGAAAAAUUUAGGUUUGUGAGAACUAAUUUAUAUGCAUUCUAAAGCAGACGGAAAAUAUAAAUAUUAGGGGAAAUGUGCUUUGUAAAAAUGGUCAUAUUAGGAGAAACUCCCACUAAAACACUGAUGACUUUUCAUGAGGUCUUUGCAGUCAGUUACAGCAGUAAAAAUGAGAAACUGUGAGGAACUGAAAUUGACAGAAUCACCCACUGCUACUCCUGAGAGUUAGAAGCUCCUCCAGAAUGACAACUGAUUUGGCACAGGGGCUAUAUUUUCAGGGGAUGGAGAGGGGGAGGGAGUUGAUGAAAGCAAAGAUUGCAGUCAAAACUUGCACAGUCCAGAGCUGUGUUCUAUUGGGGAAGGAUGCUGUAGGAGAGCUUGAGUCACUGGCAGAGAAACUGCACAUUUUGGCAUUGUGGUCAACUCAGUAUAAACAAGGGAUGGAAGGCUCUGUCUAUUUCAGUUUUCCUGGCUUCUCAUUUUUUCAGCUUUAAAUUCAGCUCUCCACAUUUUGGAGCAGUUGGUUGUUUUUUAAAGUCCUCAUGAAAAUUCAUCAGCGUUUUAUUGUGAAAUUACCUUAACAAGGACGUUUUCUUAUGCAGUCUUGACUAAUGUGCACAUUUUUGUAAGCUAGCUGUCAACUUUUCCCUUUUCUUGCGAGGAAUCCUAUUCAGAAUAAGGGAAAUUUCCCUUAAAAAAGAAAACGUUGACAGCUAUUUCUCCAAAUAUAUUGUUGUAUGUUAUUUUCAGUCAUAUCUUCAAUUUUAUUCACACUUUCUCCUAACAUAUGCAUUUUUGUAAACAUUGUUUGGCCUCAGAGCUGCAUCACAAAAUUCAGAUAAGUGCAAAUUUUGAAGGAUGGGUCCAUUUCGGUUUGCAUAUUUUCCCCCAGAAAUUCUGAAUUUGAUAGUUUGGCUUUGAAUUGAUUUUCUCCUCCAACCCUAUAAUAACGUUGCUGCUUUCAUCUAUUUUAUUUGAGGGAGUUUCAAGCAUUAAUUUUCCAUUUAUUCACUAUUUGUUUACAGGAAGGAUGUUUUGAUAGUCUCCUUCACCGGCCAAUCCAGUAAAAGUCAGAGGUGAGAGAAGUGGCUUUUCAGGUGUUUCCAGAACAUUCUGAAUCAUGCAGUGGAAUUGGUUUUAGGGAAAGUUUGACUGGAAUGAACAUUGCAAAGGUACAAAUGAAGAGGAGACAAGAACUGCUGUGUGGGUUGCUCUGGAGACUGGAACAAGGUGGGGUGGGAUCAGUGGCAGGAAUCUCAGAAGAAGGAAGAAGAGAAAGUACUGAAACCUGGGUGAAAGAAGUUGCAAACGACCCAGAAAGGUCCAAAUGACAUUAAAUAUGCCUUUGCAGAAAGUUCUGGUUUUUUUGCAAUGCAAAUCGCAUCACGGGUGGGAGGGGGGCAACUAAUGGUGAUCAGAGCAGAUGUGGGGCACAGGGAAACUGAAGAACAUAAAAAGAGACAUGCAUUGAAUUUAACCCAGGCUUCCUCAACCUUGGCCCUCCAGAUGUUUUGAGACUACAAUUCCCAUCAUCCCUGACUGCUGGUCCUGCUAGCUAGGGAUCAUGGGAGUUGUAGACCAAAAACAUCUGAAGGGCCGAGCUUGAGGAAGCCUGAUUUUACCCUUCCUUCUCCUGCUGUGGUCCUCAGGAAAAAUAUUUCCUCUGAUGAUGGUAUUUGCUUGGGGAUGGGGGUGGGGCGUGAGUAACCAAUUGAUACCACUGGGGGCGGGAUUUCCAGCAGUGCAGCUCACCUCAUUCAAGAUGGCAGAUAAGAGAAGUCCACCUUUCAUCAAUCACCACCAUUGUUGUUUUGACAUUCUGGUGCAUGAAAGACCAGGAAAAGAAAUUUAUAAAUGUGUUUUCGAUUUCAGGUUGAAAGAAGAGGGAAUAAAAGAAGAGAGAGAUGUGCCUAAGCCUAGUACUUUAAUAUUACGGUAAGUAAGUAAAUAAAUAACUAUAAUAGCAAAAUAAAACAACAACCCUCCACCCCAGUUUAAAAAGCCAUAGAUUGCUUAAUUAGCUGAAGGCUUGGGAGAAGAGGAAAGUUUUUGCCUGGCACCUACAGAUAUGUAACGAAGGGGCCUGGGGAGAGCAUUCCAACAAGUGGGAAGCCACCACAGAAAAGGCUUAUUUUCAUGUUGCUGCCCUUUGGACCUCUCAUGGAGGAGGCACACGAAGAAAGGCUUCAGAUGAUGACUGCAAGGUCUCAUUCAUUUCAUAUGGGGAGAAGUGGUCUUCAGAUGCAGUCCCUACAACUCCCAUCAGCCAAUGUGAGUUAGGAGUUCAGCAAUGUCUGAAGGGCCAAAGGUACCCCAUACCCAUCUUAAUGGAUGUCUUAUAUCCAUAUAUACAGAUUGCAGGAUUGCCAGUUCGAUUCCCAGUGGGUAGAGGAGCUGGCUGAGGUUCUCCAGAGGUGUUCCCACCUUUCUGAAAUUGAGUAAGUUCCCUCUUCCUCCCAACUGCCUGCUAACUGAGUGAGACCUUUGGAUCAACCAUGUUAUUAAACUGUGAAAAACAAAUGUCAGUUUGUCAGGUAACCGUCUUGGUGACGAAGGAUGCAGGAAGCUGAUGAAGAUGGUGCCCAGAAUGUGCAUUUCUGGCCCUCUGAAGUAAGUGUUUCCUGAGAGUUUGCUUGCACCAGGUUGGGAAAGGUUGCCUUCGGCAUACAAAGUGUGUGUCCUGUGAGAAAUGUUGAAUGUAGCAAACGGCCUUAAAGCAGGUAAGAUUGUUUGCCUCUAACCCUUCAAGUAGGCUGGGUCUCUUGUGUCUGCUUGCACUAAGAAUGCCAUCUCUGUGUCCUUGGUGAGGGAAGUGACAUGACUGGCCCAUUGUCUGGUCUACCACCUGGUACCCCCCCCCCCCCGAGAAAGAGAGGAUUCCUCAUAUCUGCUCAGAGAAGUGCUGGAGACGCAAAGAGGUGGAGGGAACGUUCUUUCAUAUGUGGUGGACUUGUAAAAGGGUAAAAGAGUAUUGGGAAAUGAUCUAUAAUGAAUUGAAAAAAAUGUUUAAAAUUACUUUUCCAAAAAAUACCAGAGUCCUUUCUGUUGGGGAUAAUUCAGACUGAAAUUCCAAGGUGUCAAAAAAGGUUACUUAUGCAUGCUAUUUUUGUGGCCCAUGCUUUGUUAGCCCAGAAAUGGAAAACAAGUGAGGUCCCAACCAAAGAAGAAUGGCAACAUAAGUUGACAGAAUGUGCGCAACUUGCAGACUUAACUUACAGAAUAAGAGAACAAGAAGAACAUGCGUUUAGAGAAGAUUGGAAAAUGUUUAUUGAAUAUAUGGGAUAUAAUUGUGUACAGCUGAAAAUUCUGGCAGCAUUAAGAUAAAUUCAACAGUGUCAAUAAGUUUUGAUGGAUGCAAUAAUGGAAUACUGAAUGGUAUAGUUUUUGUAAAAUAUGCAGGGAUUUAUUAUAUGUAAAAUGAACCAUGGAAAGAGAGGAAGGGAAGUCCUUGGUAUUUUAAGGAUGUAAAAAUGAGUAUUUUAAAUUGUAAAACAGAAAAUUUAAUAAAAAUUAUAUAUGAGAGAGAGAGAGAGGAUUCCUUUGACAGUCCACUCAGUGCCUCCUCUGGCCCCUCCCUGGAAUCCAAUUCCUCCAGUUCCAGAUUCUUAUCCCAAUCCUGCUCCCCCUCUAACCAGCCCUGCUAAAAUGUUUUCACAGGACUCACCACAACUGA